AUGACUUCCCAUUUCAAGCCGAUUCCCCUUGAGGAAGCGGCGCACAUAGCCUCCUACUCUCUGCAACCACCAGACCAUCCGGAGAUCGAGAUCGCUCAGGCAAAGCACCGCAUCAACCUCGCCAAUCUCUGGAAUAUCGCACCGGGCUCUCGUAUCCUCGAGCUUGGUUGCGGGCAAGGAAAUGCCACUGCUGUACUCGCCCACAUUGUUGGCACCGGAGGACACGUUGAUGCUGUCGAUCCGGGCGCUCUGGACUAUGGGGCGCCUUUCACCUUGUCUCAGGCACAAGAUCACCUGACCAAGAGCGCUGUGGGUGAGCGAAUCCGCUGGCAUCAGGCUGAACCAGAGGAUUUCCUCCAACAUACAGCAUCAAACGAGCAAGAUACAUGGGAUGUGGCGGUUCUUGCCCAUUGUAUUUGGUAUUUUGCUACCCCUCUGGUGCUGGCCAGUAUCCUCCGGGCACUUCGUGGAAGGGUCAAGAGAAUUUGCGUUGCCGAAUACGCCAUGCAUGCUACAGAAAAGGCGGCCGUUCCGCAUGUGCUUGCCGUGCUGGCGCGAGGGAUGCUGGAGGCUUUCCGGGAAGAGAGUUCGGAGAACGUGAGGAGCCCGUUAACCCCCGGUUCGAUCAAGGAUAUUGCUGCAGAGGCCGGCUGGGUGAUGAGCGGUCCAGAUAGCAUGGUGGUGCCCGAGCCUGGGCUAUUGGACGGUAAAUGGGAGGCAGGCUCAGUCAAGAGCAAAAGUUUUCUGAGGGACAUGACAGAUAACAUCACGGACCAGAGAAUCAGGUUGGCGGUGCAGACGUCGAGAGAUGCGGUUCUUAUAGCGAUUGAGCGAUUGGAAGAUGAGCCAAUAAGGACCAUGGAUGUUUGGGUGGCCCAAUUUAAGGAAAAGCAGUGA